UGUAUGAAUGCAGCAGAAUCCGGGGCUGGAUAGCUACCUGUGAAAUACAGCACGCCACUCACUUUGCAUUGUGUCAACAGUUCAGUGGAGGAAUGGGGGGGUAAAACGAUUAAAGAAUAAGGAGACAUUUAUACUCGUCAAGAUGGUGUCGUGGAUCAUCUCUAGAAUAGUGGUUCUGGCCUUUGGGACCCUGUACCCGGCCUACUCCUCCUACAAGGCCGUGAAGACGAAGAACGUGAAGGAAUAUGUGAAAUGGAUGAUGUACUGGAUAGUUUUCGCGUUCUUCACCACAGCGGAGACGAUCACGGACAUCGUGCUCUCCUGGUUUCCUUUCUAUUUUGAGCUGAAGAUCGCCUUCGUCAUCUGGCUGCUGUCCCCCUACACCAAGGGCUCCAGUGUGCUCUACCGCAAGUUUGUGCACCCCACGCUGUCCAACAAGGAGAAGGAGAUCGAUGACUACAUCGCUCAGGCCCGCGACCGCAGCUAUGAGACCAUGAUGCGCUUCGGGAAGAGGGGCCUCAACCUGGCCGCCAAUGCCGCCGUCACCGCAGCCACCAAGGGGCAGGGCGUGCUGUCAGAGAAGCUGCGCAGCUUCAGUAUGCAGGACCUGACGUUAAUCCGGGACGAGGAGGAGCUGCACCUGCACACCUCCGACCCCCGACUGCGCAGCUCGACAUCCAACCUGCUGGACCCCGCCGAGGACGCAGGAGGUGGGGGCACCGCGCCCCGAGGAAAGAUGACCACGCGUCAAGCUCGCACUACAUCCACCUUUCCUGCUUCUGACGAAUCACAUCCCAGCUCCAGGUCUGAUGGGGACCAAUCAGAUGCUAGGACGGAGCAUUCGGAUGAGGAUGCUACAGAGAAGGUCCCCAAACGCACAGCAAGCGUCAAGGCCAAGAAACCAGCUGCUGCCAAGACAGAGACUCAAACCAAGACGGUAAAGAAACAACCAAAGAAGAAGACCACCCCUGCGGCCAGCGCCACCACAGAAACCGCUUGAGCCAAGACGUCUCCUCCCCCCCCUCUGCAAACUAUACUCUUCCUCUGUCAGUCUCUCCGUCAGCUUCUCCCC